AUGGAAUUUAUGGAGUCACAGCGCAAAACUCAAGGUAGUGAUAGUGGCUCAAACAACCAAGAACCAGCCUCUCUCCAAUUGGUUUCGCCUCACCAAAUUAAUCAACCUGAACCCAGCCAUGGGUCCGGUCAGGCCCCAGCCCAUGGUCCCUUCAUGGGUUCCAUUUCCAUGCAAUCAAGAACCUCACUUUUCUCCUCCUCCACCAUCGCCACCACUAUUAACACUUCUGAUUCAAACAAAGCUGCUAAAAAACCCUCUAAGGAUCGCCACACGAAGGUGGACGGCCGAGGGCGGCGUAUACGAAUGCCGGCCUUAUGUGCAGCUAGGGUUUUCCAGCUGACCAGAGAAUUAGGCCACAAAUCUGAUGGAGAAACCAUAGAGUGGCUUUUGCAACAUGCUGAACAGGCCAUUAUAGCAGCCACAGGUACAGGUACAAUUCCGGCUAAUUUUUCGACGCUUAACGUGUCUUUACGCAGCAGUGGCACCACAAUUUCAGCUCCACCGUCCAAGUCUGCUCCUCUCUUUCUCGGCGGCGUCGGUGCCGGUAUGCUAGGGUUUCAUCACCAAUUAACAUCAAACACCGGUUUUGGACAAGACCCGGAUGAAAAUUACAUGAAAAAACGGUUCAGAGAAGAGACUAGUGGAGCAACCUCACCUUCAGCUGCUAAACUGCAAGAUCAAGAACCUAAUUCCGAACCCAAACCCGGUUCUUCUCAGCCUUCAAACUUUAUCCCGGCUCCGGCCAUGUGGGCAGUAGCACCUGCAGCCACCAACGUCGGGAACGCCUUCUGGAUGCUGCCCGUGACUGGGAACGUCGCCACGGCCUCAGCGGGUGGAGGGCAGCAGGAGCAUCAAUUACGGCAGUACAAUGCAUCAUCCAUGCAGAGAAAUGGUGGCUUUGAGUUCCCCGGUGUCGGUGGGAGCCGAUUCAGUCCAGUUCAGCUUGGUUCAAUGGUAUUGCAGCAGCAGCAGCCAGCGGUUCAGCAGCUGGGGCUACGUAUAUCAGAGACUAACAUGGGAAUGUUGGCCUCCAUUAAUGCAUAUAACAGUAGGAUUGAUUUGGGUAUGAAUUUGGAGCAUCAUCACCAUCAUCAAAACCAGCCUGAAGGUAGUGAAAGUGGUGAUGAAAAUCCAAAAGAUUCUCAAUAA